GUGUAACAGAUACAUUUAUCCAAUUAUCAAUUUGUUUUCAACCAACUAAGGAAGAACACUUGAUUUAAGCUUUUUCAGAAUUGAAGCCACCUUCACCUACUUAUUUUCGCCACCUUGGUCGCAUUCUGACAUUCUGACAUUAUUACUUAUCUUAUUGACAUUAUUACUUAUCGAUGCCUGAUACAAUGCCUGAAUAAAACCAGGCAAACCGCACUUCAGUAUCAAACCAUUUCUUCCUCAGGACAGAAUAUAAAUUGAGAUCUUUAAUAAUCCGUCAGGUCACAAAACUUAUCCAACUCCAGGUCCAAACAUCUCUUUAAUUUUCAAUCGAUACCGUUCCUGAAUCUAAUCAUGUCUACCUUCACGGCGUUAAUAUCUUUCACUAUUUUCUUGGUUUUCCUCAAUGCUGCGCUUGCUGCAGAAGAUUGCGUCGCAUGUGCCGACGGUGCAAUUCCCAUCUGGAAUGGGAACCCACCCACAAAAAAUGGUUGCGGAUCUGGUUGGUAUAGUCCGAUUCUUAACCAAGUCGUGACCAGUCUGACAAUAAUGUGCUGCAAUGGACACGACAUCUGCUACGGGACAUGCGGUUAUGCAAAAACUACUUGUGACACAGCCUUCUCGAGUUGCCUCAAAACAAUGUGCGACAAUUUUCCAGAAGAGGGAAUAUGUAUUAGAGGAAUCAUGUCAUUUUUCGUGGAGAAAUUUGGAUGCUCUGCUUACACAGGAGCUCAGGGUGAAAGCUGUAUCUGCACUCCGCUAGGGUAACGCUAGCCAUCAGGUUGAGAAGAAAUGCGUGGAAUGAUUGUAAUUGUAAUUGUUAAGUAUCUUAAUGCACUGAGUUGUUGAUCAUACAAAUGCGUAAUAAAUUUGAAUUGGAACCGCGUUA